AUGAUUCUGUAUCUAAGAAUCUAUCUAUCUAUCUAUCUAUCUAUCUAUCUAUCUAUCUAUCUAUCUAUCUAUCUAUUCAGGAAUAAAUUAAAGAACGUUCUCAAACAGUGGCAAAAGAGUUAUGGAUCUCAUAUCUAUCUAUCUAUCUAUCUAUCUAUCUAUCUAACUCUUUUCGUAUCUGUAUAUCUAAGUCUUUUCAUAUCUAUCUAUCUACCUAUAUAUAUAUCUUUUCGUAUCUAUUUAUCUAUCUAUCUAUCUAUUUUGUUAUUUAUCUUUUUAUAUUUCUUUAAGUUUUUUCAUAUCUAUCUAUCUAUCUAUCUAUCUAUCUAUCUAUCUAUCUAUCUAUCUCUAUCUAUCUCAGUCUUUUCGGAUAUAUCUGUCUAUUUUGUUAUUUAUCUUUUUAUAUCUCAUUAUCUAAUCUUUUCAUCUCUCUCUCUCCCUCGCUAUCUAUCUAUGUACGUCUUUUCGUCUCUCCAUAUCUACGUCUUUUCAUAUCUAUCUAUCUAUCUAUCUAUCUAUCUAUCUAUCUAUCUAUCAGUCUUUUCGUAUAUAUCUGUCUAUUUUGUUAUUUAUCUUUUUAUAUCUCAUCAUCUAAUCUUUUCAUCUCUUUCUCUCCCUCGCUAUCUAUCUAUGUACGUCUUUUCGUCUCUCCAUAUCUACGUCUUUUCAUAUCUAUCUAUCUAUCUAUCUAUCUCAAUCAUUUCAUAUCUAUCUAAUCCAAUCUUUUUAUAUUAA